UCUGGAAAACACCCCCCUACUCCGCCUUCACACAGCCACGCUUUCCAACAGCUCCACAUUUCAGCAGGAUUUCUCUCGUGCUCCAAUGUGUGCAGCAUCUCAUUUCAACACUAAAACUUUGUCGAAGAGUCCCAGGGCGCGCGUGAUGCUCCACAGCAGCGAGUUAAACGCAGACUUGUGCGCGCUGCGACUCCACAUGAAUUUCUGAGGAAAAAGAACACUAACAGGACCUCCCCCCCCCUCUCUGUUAAAGGGUCACCAAGCAAGUAGCCUCCACUUUGGGCAUGGACAAUGGAUACUCUAAGUCUGUCAGUGAACGCGGUGUCCUACACUGUGGCGGCUGAACUCUCCUAUGUGGAUGAUCCCUUUAACGCGCCCGUCCGGGGCAUCGCGCCAUGGAACUUCACCAUCCUGGCGGUGCUCAUGUUCGUGGUCACUUCGCUGUCUCUGAGCGAGAACUUCCUGGUCAUGUUUGUCACGUUCAAGUACAAACAGCUGAGAAAGCCCCUCAACUACAUCAUAGUCAACCUUGCCAUCGCUGACUUUCUGGUGUCGCUCAUCGGUGGAGUAAUAAGUUUCCUGACUAACGCCAAGGGUUAUUUCUUCCUUGGGAAGUGGGCUUGCGUCUUGGAGGGAUUUGCUGUUACAUAUUUUGGGAUCGUUGCCCUUUGGUCCCUCUCCGUUCUGUCCUUCGAACGGUUCUUUGUGAUCUGCCGGCCUCUGGGGAACAUCCGUCUGCAAGGGAGGCACGCCAUGCUGGGUCUGCUGUUUGUCUGGACGUUCUCCUUCCUCUGCACCUUCCCUCCAGUGCUGGGCUGGAACAGAUACACUAUAAGCAAGAUCGGAACCACGUGUGAGCCUGACUGGUAUUCCACCAACAUUAUAGAUCACAGCUACAUCAUCACUUUCUUCGUCACCUGCUUCAUUCUGCCUCUUGGAGUUAUAUUUUUCUGCUAUGGAAAGCUCCUGCGGAAGCUCAAGAAGGUAUCUCAUGGUCGUCUGGCCACCGCCAGGAAGCCUGAGAGGCAGGUGACGCGUAUGGUGGUGGUGAUGAUCGUGGCCUUCAUGGUGGGCUGGACGCCGUACGCAGCCUUCUCCAUACUGGUCACAGCUUAUCCAUCCAUCCAUCUUGACCCCAGGAUGGCAUCCAUCCCUGCCUUCUUUUCCAAGACAGCUGCUGUCUACAACCCAGUCAUCUACGUCUUCAUGAACAAACAGUUCAGGAAGUGCCUCAUGCAGCUCUUCUGCGGCAAAGGGACUAUCCCAGACAGCCACCUGAACCCGACCUCAGAGCGACCUGGGAUUACUGCAGAGAGUCAAACAGGAGAAAUGUCGGCUAUUGCGACUCGCAUCCCCGUGGGGGGCAACGGAUCUGAUGAUUCUCCAACCGACUGUGGCUCAUUAGUCCAGCUGCCGAUCGCAGAAAACAAAGUGUGUCCAAUGUAAACUAACCCUCAUACCUAUACGUAUGUUAUCCUAUAGGGUGUUAUCCUACCCCCACAAUCCAUAAUAAGCUUCUGUGAUCUAGAUACAGUGUGUUUCAAAAACUGUAGGGACAAAGACAGAACUGUUUUCAGAUUUUGGGGAGAUGGAGGAUGCAGUGUUAAUAAUUGUCAACUCUUAAAGGGUUUCCAUGGUUGGUGAUUGUUGCAUUUAAAAAAAUAAAUGUUCACUUACAAUUCGGGAUGGAUACCAAACCCUAGCAUGUUUUUAGAUUGUUCAGUUUUUGAUUUUUAAAAGUGGUGGCCAGAAGGAACUCUCUAUUGACCUCAUUGCACGCCUGCUAGUUUGCCACAUUAGAGGGCACUCUAUUCAACUGGCCCUUUAUAUCCCACAAGAGUCUGCUGAACACGCAAACCUUGACAUCUUUAAGCAGAGGGCUAGCCAGCUCUUAGAACCCACAGUUCAUCCAGCCUUUCAUCUCGUCCUCGCCUUCUCCCUUUGAUGCCCUGGGAUGGUGCCUGCAGAGAAAGCGUUAUUUUUCUAUACUUUGGCAUCCUUAUUCAUCUCUCCAUGCCAAGAGGACGGAGCAGCACUCUUCUGCUUCAGUUUACAGUUUGGGUCAAAGCUUUCAUUUCUUGUGAAUACGGUCAGUGGGACUUGGAGAUGCCAGUCUCCUGUUGCCUCUGUUGCAGAUGUAGGAGUACAACAUAUUUAUGAAGAGCCAGCAGGGGGUCAACAUACGUUCACACAUGUAUAUACAUCACACAAGUGUACAUACACAGAAAUUGCAGUUCACUGCCUGUAUUGUGCUCUCUAUAGGCACUGUGAUGAUACAAUGUACCAAUAAAUAUCCUAGCACAAGAGUGGCUUAGCUAAGCAGCCAGGUACAAAAUCAAUGAGUUGUGCCAUCAUAAUCGCAGGUUUAACAGCAAUAUAUUAGUUAAAUACUGUCACACAGUUGAACACUGCAGCGUUGUAUUGUGUUAACACGUCUUCUAUUUUGUGGUGCAUGUUUGUUGACUAUUACUGGAUAUUUGUCAAGACACUGGUAAUUUCUCUAUGCUGUCUGUUUGCAAUGUACUGAGUGUGUGUUUCAAUCAUGUUUUGUCAGUUUGCUUUGAGUAAGAUUUAGAUUUCUUUAAGAACUAAUGCAUCUGUACCAAAUGACUUGUGAUGCCUUGAUACAGUUAGCAUACCGACAUGAGAACAUAAUGAGGACGACUGGCUACUGCAACUACUUCUUAAAACUUUAUGGAACUUUAGCUGCAUUGAUCAAUUUUAUUUUAUUGGCAAAAUUCCUCUGUGAAGUGAAAAAGUGGCUGUAAAAGUAUAGCUAUCACCCUAUACAGUUGUACACUUUUAAAUCCGGAUAAGCUCAUCAUUUUUGUUUCACAGCUGUACACUUUCUGUAUUGUACUGUAUGGUGGAUCUUUCAACCACAUUUAUGCAGCUUGUAGCUGUUUUCAGCAAAAAACACCUAAAUAAAGCAAAUGUAUGGCACCAUUCCAGCAGCAAAAGGUGCACAGAUAAAGCUAGCUACCAUUAGCAUGAGUAAACACCUGAGCUUUGCCAGUGUAAUCAGUGUUUGAUGUACAUCAGCUAGCUUGUUUGUGCUAAUCUUUGCUCACUAGGAAAAAGAAUUGAGGAAUGCAGCUUUAAGUUUUAUAUAUAUUCUUACCUUUCAUCUGCCAUUACCCGAACCCGUUUAUGAUACAUGGCAAUCCAAAUUCUUUGCAAAAAAGAGGGAAGUAAUAUAGGCUAAAUUGUGUGCAGUUGCCAGUAGAUAUUCCCAAUGUUCAGGUCU